AUGUCUGAUAUGGUAUUCAUACACUUGGCCUUAUAUUUUCCUUCAUCUCUAAAUAUUCUCUUGGAUUGUAUUAAAAAUUUGGAUCAUCCCUCAGCUAAUCGCGAAAACCAAAGACUAAUACGCUAUCUUCAAAUAUACCACUUGGAGAUCAUCAAGAAUCUUCAGUUAUUCAACAGAACACUCAACUAUGUACUUACUGCGCAAUUCAGCACGAUAUUUUUCUGGUUCAUUGUAAUGUUCUAUAUGAUUGGAAUAUUCAAAGAUAUGCUCUUCAUUUACCCGGUACUUACUGCGGUUUUCUUUCAAUUGAGCACUUUCUGUUUCUUUGGAGAACUAAUUAUUGGAAAAACUGAAAGUAUUUCCACUGAAUUAUAUCUAACAAAUUGGUAUGAGUAUUCUAGAGAGGAGAAAAUGAUUGUAUCUAUGAUGAUGAUGAUGUCACAAAAGUCUUUUGUAUUUAAAGCUGCUGGAAUGUACGAUCACGGUCACCGAGAGAAUGAUCGAGCUCUCUCACAAAAACUACCCCUAAGUGACAAAGUGCUCGAAUAG